ACAGAGUAGCCGCCCCUGUUGACACUCUUCAAAGAAGAGAUUUUGCGGGAAAGAGGAAAACAAUGUCGAUUGAAACGAUUUGAAAUGGGGAAAAGCUGAUAUCGUCCUGACCAUAAUUCCUUGUGGGAACCCACUGUGCAAUGUGUUUUAUGUAUUAAAGACUCUGUCUUGUGAAGAUGAUCUUGCUGAUGUAGAAUCGUUAGAAGCAGUGUGAUUGCAGACAAUUGUCAUUCAUAAUCACUCAAGUCAUGGUUUUCGGGGGAGGCAUCACGGCAGCAGCAGCAGCCGAUGAUGACUGGUUCGUUGAAGGAAGUGACGAAGAGGGAAGCACCGACGAACAGAAGGAUGCCCCAGUUGAAUGGACCCCUGAUGCCAAGGACAUCCUGGCUAUGUUUGAAAAGCUUGACAAGGACAAGGUGUUGGAGCUACGCUGGAAGUGUCCUGGGAGAAGACCGCCGUCCCCCCGGAGAAAGGCAGCACCGACUACGAUGUUGGAGAUGAGGAAGAUAUGUACAGUGACGAUGACUCCAAGGAUGAAGAGAGCUCCUGAGAUCAGUGAAUUUGACUUUGAUGAUUUUGGAUCAGAAGCAUCUGCAAAACCGACUCCAAGGAGGACUCCAGGAAGCAAGACAACGCCACGGAGCCAGAAAAAGGUUGCAAGUAUGCAUAAUGUUCUGAACAAGAUCAGACAUGAGCAGAUUGAGAAGGCUGCCAUCAAAGAAGCUAGACGAGGAAUGUCAAGGUCACCUGCAAGUCCAGCACGUUUCCGACUGGGCAUGUCAGGAAGUCCAGGACCUGGAGGUUCACGUCGACCUGUCAGUUCUACGGGUACACCACUACGACCUUCAUAUGAACCUAGCGAUGACCCUUUCCCUCCUUCCACCAGUUUGUUCAGAGACAGUAAGGUGCCCCAGGCUCCCACUGAGAUGCCGUCUGCUCCAGAGUUAAAGCGUGAACCAGCAGAUCCACCCACCAGUGAAACUAAACCUAAUGAUUAAAGAUUUUAUGUUCA